GAGAUAUCUGUGGUCUGGGGUGGCCAGAGUAGGCUUUCUGGAGGGGAUGGCACUUGGCCUAGCCAAGGAGAAAGGGUAGGGCUUGGGUAGGCAAACAGGGGGCAUUCCUUGAAGGAGAAAGGGCAUUGUGGAUGUUAGAUGGAAGCUUGAUCCUGGGAGCAGUUUUUCCUCCCAUGAAGGAAAAUGAAAAUGGUCUUCAAUUUGACAUUCCCCUCACCCAGUGUAGGCCCCUGAAGGUGGACUACUUGGUGAAGAUGAUCUUGUGCCCUGGCAGAAAAGCAGUGGUUUGUUUUUUGGGUGUUGAAUGUGUUGGAGAGGAGUAGAAAGGUACCCCCUAGAUGCUUCCAGCUGUCUGACUGCCACUGCCUUAUCUCUAGUUUGCAGGGCCUAAGGGGAGGGGUAGACCCUGGAAAGUGCCUUCUGGCAGUGCCUCCUCUCCCUCCCACCCCAGACUUGUUUUUGGUUAGAUUUGUUGCGUCCUGUUAAAGGGACAGACUGCUUGGGUUAAUUGGGAGUUUAAGGCUGGAGGGCCUGCUUUGAACUGACCUGAGGUUUGUACCUCUGAGUGUGAGAGGAGUGGGGGGAGGGAGUUUCUGCAAGAUACCUGCCCUUAGGGCUCUGGGGUGGUACUUGUCCCUUUGGAGAUAGACAUGUGAGAAGGAGUUGUGCAACUUGGUGGACUUUACUAGGAAUUCUGAAUUCUUGCCCUGGCUACCUCUUAGCUGGCAUGGUCUUUUUGGAGCUGGGGUAUCUCAUCCCCCUUCCCAUUCAGAGCAGGAGUCCCCAAGGUGGUGGCCCUGACAAGUCGCCAUCCUGCCUCAACUUAACAGAUCCUUAUUACAUUGAGCCAAGACCUACCUCCCUGUGACUCCUUUUGAGCCAAGACCUGCCUGCCUGUGACUCUUUAUGUAGCCCAGUUCUGCUCUCUGGGCCCUGGAUCCCAAGACUGCCCUUCUGUUUCUGAAGAGCUCCUCACAUGGGAAGAGGAUGUCUUAUGGGUCCAGCUGAGCCCAGGAGCUGCACGGAAUGGUGGCAGUCACCUUGCCAGUGCAGCGGGCAUGGAGCAGACUGCAAGCUAGGAGAGCAAGACAUCAAUCAGAAAGAGGGAACACACAGCUAGGCUUAAGGCCUCUUCAUCGGGAUGUCCCCAGGCCCCCCAGCCCAGGCCCAGCAUAAAGGCUGUGGGGGGGGGCCCCCCUGACCCAAGGCGGGGCUUCAUGCGCCACGUGCAGGCGGAGCCAUCUCCAUCCUCAGAGCCAGAGGCUGGCCCUUCGCAGCCUGCAGUCAGGCAGGGGGCCCUCCAGGGUGGCCUGCUCAUGGGCUACAGCCCAGCAGGGGGGGCAACAUCCCCCGGGGUCUACCAGGUAUCCAUCUUUUCCACUCCAGCUGGUGCCUCCGAGCCUCAUAGGGCCCUGAAACGGUCAGCCCCAUCCACUGAGGGUCCCCGAGAGCUGAAGAGAGGCCCUGGGUUGGGGGCUAGGGAGGGCCUACCCCCUGAAGAACCAUCUAUUGUGGGGCUAUUGGGCUCAGAGGGGCUGGGGCUGGAACUGGGUGUGGCCAGCCAGCAUUUCUGCCAUCAUGGCCUCUGUGUUGUGGAACAGGGAAGUAGCGCCACCUCACCUUGGACUUCAGGGACCCAGAAUCCCCCCUGGCCCCCAUCAAAUGCUUCCUGCAAUACUUUGCACACCAGAGACUGGGCUUCCCCAGAUCCAGGGGGACAGGGGUCCCUGAGGGAGUCCCCAGGGCAAGCCCCUCCAGGCCAGCUGCACACACUUGACACUGAUUUGCACAGUCUUGCACAACUAGGGGGUAAGAGCCCAGUGGCUGGGGUGGGCAAUGGGGGCAGCCCCUGGCCUAGGGAGUCCCCUGGCACUGCCAAUGGGCACAGUCCCGAGCACACACCCCCUGGCCCUGGACCUCCAGGCCCCUGCCCCACCAAGCGAAGGCUGCUUCCUGCUGGAGAAGCCCUGGAUGUCAGCUCUGAGGAUGAGGGGCCAGCCCCUCAGAGGCGCCGGGGAGCCCUGGGUCACCCUCCUGCUGCCAACAGUUCUGAUGCCAAAGCCACACCCUUCUGGAGCCACCUGCUGCCUGGGCCCAAGGAGCCUGUUCUGGACCCUAUAGACUGCAGUCCCAUGGGGCGGAGGCUGAAAGGUGCCCGUCGCCUGAAGCUGAGCUCCCUUCGAAACUUCCGGAAGGGACCAGGCCUGCUGAGCCCCCCCAGUGCCUCCCCUGCUCCUACCCCCACUGUCAGCCGUACCCUUUUGGGCAACUUUGAGGAAUCACUGCUGCGAGGGCGCUUUGCACCAUCUGGCCACAUUGAGGGCUUCACGGCAGAGAUUGGAGCUAGUGGAUCCUACUGCCCCCAGCAUGUCACGCUGCCUGUCACUGUCACCUUCUUUGAUGUUUCUGAACAAAAUGCCCCAGCCCCUUUUCUGGGCGUCGUGGACCUGAACCCCCUGGGGAGGAAGGGUUACAGCGUGCCCAAGGUGGGCACCAUCCAAGUGACCUUAUUUAACCCCAAUCAGACUGUGGUGAAGAUGUUCCUCGUGACCUUUGACUUCUCGGACAUGCCUGCUGCCCACAUGACCUUCUUGCGCCAUCGCCUCUUUUUGGUGCCUGUGGGUGAGGAGGGAAAUGUUAGCCCCACCCGCCGCCUCCUCUGCUACUUGCUGCACCUCAGGUUCCGGAGCUCCCGCUCAGGCCGUUUAAGCCUGCAUGGAGACAUCCGCCUGCUUUUUUCCCGCCGGAGCUUGGAACUGGACACAGGGCUCCCCUAUGAACUGCAGGCUGUGACUGAGGCCCCUCACAAUCCACGUUAUUCACCUUUGCCCUGAAUGCCAGUGCCCUGAACCUAUGUGGGCCAAGGACCAGCCCGUCAUACUCCAUCCUGGACAGAGCAAACACGUGGAGAGGUGGCGAGAGACCCUUCAGGCUUGAAUUAAAGCCCUCGCCAUGCUCAUGCCCAAAGUGAUUAUUUGGGUGUUUAAAGCUUCUGAUCCUUACCACAAUCUGCCCUAUUCUGGGUUCUCCACGUGCCUGCCCCCUCCCUUCGAAUUCCCAGGCCAGCUUAGGUACUGGGGAGGAACCGAAGCUACCCUGAGGUUGUCCCAAGUUCCCAGGCAAGUCAUGCCAGUGUUGCCUCCCAGUCCUGGGCAGGGGCCACUUAUUAUUUUAUUUAUUUUUAAUUUAUAAUUUAUUCAAAUUGGAUUGCCUUGGUAACCUCCCAAACUUGACAAUUGGCAUUGCCCCUCCUCCCUUCCCACUCUCAGAUAUUGCUCCAACCUCAGGAGUUGAAGAGGCUGAUGUUGGGACUGGGGAACUGCUCUCCCUCAGCUGAGGGCAGAGAGGUUAUCCCAGACGGACUGAGUCACUAGCCAAAGACUCAGUUUCCCCUGUCCUUCCCUGUUUUUUUCACUUCCCCUACCCUCUGACCCCUUUCUGAAGGCCUUGUGCGCGCGCGCACGCGCGCACAUGCACAUGCGGAAGCUGUGUGUGUGGUAUGUGUGUGAGAAAGAACGUUCAUGCAUGUGCACACACAUGGGGGUUAACCACCCCUCAUCUAGGGCUCCAGACUCCAGUUGUCCCUCUCCUGCUUGUGUCUCCAUACUUUGGGGUCCUGACUGAGGAAGGUGUUCAGGGGGCAGAGUCAGGGCCAUGGACCGGGGUGCCUCCUCUCACCUGGCCAGACUCUGACCUACCUACCUCAGCUGGGGGUGAGGGGCACCCCUCAAACCCAGUCAUGUGGUUCCCAACUACCCCGUUCCCCACUCCAGACACUGACCCAGCCUUAGCCCUGACUUCUGGGGCUAGGUUGAGGGGAACAAGCAUUUGCUGAAACUUGAAAAAAA